AUGGGUCUCGCCAAUACUACUAUUGUGAAUCCACUUCUUGAGACAUUGCACCGGUGCGGGAUGCAACAGUUAGUAGAUGGCACCACCUCGCUCCACGGAAAGCAAAAGGAGCGAGGUGCUGCACCGGGUUCAUAUCAAUGGAUAGCUGAGAAAAUUAGGUACACUAAAAAUGGUAUGCACGACCAUGCGCUUGUCACCUUUCAGAAAAUGAUGAGUUAUAGAGUUCCACUGAAUGAAUCUUCACUUGUGUGCACUCUAUCAGCCAGCGGAGAGUUGGGAGAUUUGGAUCAGGGAAGAUGGAUACACACAUAUAUCAUAAACAACAGAGAAAUUGUAAUGAGUGUCAGUCUUGGUACUGCUUUAGUUGACAUGUAUGCCAAGUGUGGGUGCAUUGAGUUUAGUUAUCAGUUGUUUAAGAAUAUGCCUCAGAGAGAUGUCGUAACUUGGGGAGUGAUCAUUUCAGGUUUUGCAAUACAUGGGCAAGCCAAGAAAUGCUUUCAACUAUUUGAUGAGAUGAUUGAGUCCGGAGUUAAGCCAAAUGGAGUCAUGUUUGUGGCUAUCCUCUCUGCCUGUUCUCAUGCAGGACAAGUCGGACAGGGAUGUCACUACUUGGACCAAAUGGUGCAUCAGUUCGGAAUUAGACCAUCCAUUGAGCAUUUUGGAUGCAUGGUGGAUCUUCAUGGCCGUGCUGGGAGGCUUGCAGAAGCAGAACAACUCAUUUUAUCGAUGCCGGAAGAACCUAACUCGAUUGUACUGGGCGCAUUGCUUAAUGCUUGUAGAAUCCAUAAUGAUGUUGAGAGGGGGAGGUACUUAUUCAAGCGGCUAAUCAGUUUGGAACCUUCACCUGAUCGAUAA